AUAGACAAGUUAAGGUAUUUUAAAAGUAAUUUCAAACAAUUCGCAGAUAGUCAAUCAGCAUGAAGUGGUACACAAUGGUAGCUGUGGCUUUUUUUGUUUUAAUUAUUUGUUCUCUAAUAAACACAGAUCCUGAAUCAACUCGAUACAACUUACAACCAUUUUCAUCUAAAGCACGAUUCCAACCUAUUCCUGAUGAUAAAGAUUUACCUGAUAUUCCAGAAAAUAUACCAGAAAUAUAUAAACAAAAGUGCAAAAUUGAUGAUGUUAAUUCUUGUAGUAAAUAUCCAAACACAGUUUGUGAACAUUUUGAUAAAGCAACUAAAGUUCACUUUAAUAAUGAUCGUUCUCGAAGUACUACAAUUAAAAAUAAAGAUCCCAAUGAAGGAUAUUGCAUGAAUAUCCAUCAUCUCAGCAAUCGAUGUAAUAUAUUUCAUGGUUACUGGGCAUUAAUUAAAAAAUCUAAUGAAGACAAUUCCUACAUGAAAGUAUGUGUGUGUUAUCGACCAGGAUAUAUUGGAAAUUUAAAAUUAUUUGAUGCUUGUGAAACUCCUUUUAUCUGUGAUGGAAAAGUUAAUGAUAUUAACAAUAAAUUUGAAUCUAUCGAAUGUGUGUGUAAAAAAGAAGAAGAGAGUACUCGUAUCAAAAAUGAAGAUGAUGAUGUUGAAUUUCCAGUAUGUACUCCAAAGAAAGUAACAAGUGUCAUGAACUGGACUUCAAUUUUAAUCCCACCAGAAUUUAAAGAUAAUUUAAUUGAUGCUGAUGAUUAUUAUCACCGAGAUAUUGCAUCCAAUAUUAAACCUCUAGAUAAAUUGAUCGAUCCAUGUUCCAUUUGUCCACUAACUGGUCAACAUACUGGUGCUGAAGCAAUCCAUGCUUUUUCUGGAAAUGAUGCUACUGUAUUUUGUGCUACUAGAGAACGUGAUUGGGGUAUACCUUUUAGGCGUAGUCCUGACAAUAGAUUGCUUCAAGGUGAUUUUGGUCCUGAUGGAGUAUUAGCACUUAAAUGGGAUAAGAUUAUUGUUGAAGAUGAUGGUGUAGGUGUUAAUCCUCAAAGAUUCACAUACAUAAUUAGCCCUUGUAAUGAAAAUAAGAAAUUCUAUGAUACUUUGAAUAUUGAGUAUAAACAAUUUGCUAUCGAUGUCGGUGAAAAUAAUUUUCUCAGUGUGACUAUUUUACCUAAAUCAGCAUUCAUUCCACGCCUGUUUGGUUAUGCUGAUGGAUCAUGGAGCUUCAUUAGAAGUAGUAGUAUCGCACAUGCAACUGCCACUCAAAAUAUAGUUGAUCAAUUUUAUGUAAACCCUACAGAGGGUAAUUUAGUAUCACCUGUAGCUGAAGCAAAGUCCAGUUUAAAUACAAACGAAGGAUUUAGCUGGUCAACUUCACCACUUUAUGCUAAGAAAUAUGAUGAUCGUUUUUAUUUUCUUACUUACAAAGAAAAUUUUCAAAAUGGACCUAUUAGAAAGAAAAUUAAUGUAAAAGGGUUCUGUAUUCGACCAGUUACUGAUAAACACAUUCAUGAUAGUCAUUGGAAAACACAUAAGUCUGAUAAAUUAAGUUACUUUAUAGACUUUUUGAUAUCGGUAUAACCAAUAGACAUGAUUAUUGAUAAAUUCAUGACAUUACUUCAGUAUUACUAUUAAAUAACAAUUAAAACAGAAAUUUUUGAACAACUUUUA